UCUUCCCUCUUUUUCCUUGAAUGGCUUCUCUUUCUCUUCCACCCACACCAAAUUCAUCUCUCUCUCCCUUCAAAUCCUCCCAAACCCCAAAAUCUCUCCAUUUCCAUACACCCCAUCUCACCAAACUCCAUCAAAGCCAUGGAAAAAGACCAAAAUCUCCUUCCACCUUAUACUUCCACUACAUCUCCUCUCUCUGCAAGCAAGGCCUCCUCCAACCGGCCUUCUCUGUUCUCACCGAAAUGCAAUCCCAAGACCUCCCCAUCGGUCCUGAAAUCUAUGGUGAAAUCCUACAAGGCUGCGUCUACGAGCGGGCACUCCCGCCAGGUCAGCAAAUCCAUGCUCAGCUCCUUAAAAAGGGCACCUUUUUCUCUAGGAAUGAGUACAUUGAGACAAAGGUCUUGAUUUUUUAUGCAAAAUGUGAUCCUGAUGUGGCGGCGGCAGUCAGCUUGUUUGGUAAGCUCCGCAGGCGGAACGUUUUUGCCUGGGCUGCAUUGAUUGGGAUGUACUGUAGAGCAGGUUGGAACGAAAAGGCUCUGUUGGGCUAUUGUGAAAUGCAAGAAAAUGGGUUUUUUCCUGAUAAUUUUAUUGUCCCGAAUGCUCUGAAGGCUUGUUCUGCAAUUGGGGCAAUUGGGUUUGGGAAAGGGGUUCAUGGAUAUAUUUUGAAGAUGGGUUAUGGUUCUUGUGUCUUCGUUGCAAGUAGUUUGGUCGACAUGUAUGGGAAAUGUGGUGUUUUGGAGGACGCGGGGAAGGUUUUUGAAGAAAUGCCUGAGAGGAAUGCCGUUGUGUGGAAUUCGAUGAUCGUGUGUUACGUCCAGAACGGGUUGAAUGAGGAAGCAAUGGAAGUAUUUUAUGAUAUGAGAGUUGAAGGGGUUGAGCCAACCCGAGUGACUGUUGCAAGCUUCCUUUCUUCAUCAGCAAAUUUAGAAGCAUUGGAUGAGGGUAGGCAAGGGCAUGCUGUUGCUGUUUUGAAUGGACUGGAAUUGGAUAACAUCUUAGGUAGUGCACUAAUAAACUUUUAUUUGAAGGUUGGUUUGAUUGAAGAUGCAGAACUUGUUUUUUAUAGGAUGGUAGAGAGGGAUGUGGUGACUUGGAAUUUGCUUAUUUCAGGCUACAUGCGUGAUGGGAAAAUUGAAAGAUCUUUUGAUAGGUGCCGGUGGAUGAGAUCGGAUGGUUUGAGAUUUGAUUCGGUGACUAUGGCAUCUGUGUUCUCUGCCUGUGCCGAAUCAGCCAAUUUAGAGAUUGGUAGAGAGGGGCACGGUUAUAGUGUUAGACACAACCUUGAAACAGACGUGGUUGUUGCAAGUAGCAUUAUAGAUAUGUACGCAAAGUGUGAGAGGAUCGACGAUGCCAGACGGGUCUUUAAUGUUACAACGCAGAGAGAUCUGGUGCUGUGGAACACCUUAAUUGCUGCAUAUGCACAGCGUGGUCUGAGCGGUGAGGCCCUGAAAUUGUUCUAUCAGAUGCAGUUAGAGGGUGUGCCGCCGAAUGUUGUAUCAUGGAAUUCUGUGAUCUUGGGAUUUAUGAGAAACGGACAGGUCAACGAGGCAGAAGAUACAUUCUCGCAGAUGCGAUCUACUGGCCUGCAACCUAAUUUAAUUACGUGGACUACGCUAAUAUCUGGUUUCGCUCAAAAUGGAUAUUGGUAUGAGGCGAUUUUGGUCUUUCAGCAAAUGCAAUAUGUAGGACUCAGACCGAAUACUGUGAGCAUUGUUGGGGUGCUCUUGGCGUGCUCAAAUCUGGCAUCAUUACAGUAUGGGAAAGCUAUUCACGGACAUAUCAGAAGACGUGGGCUAUGUUCAUCUCUUUCUGUUGUAACUUCUCUGGUCAGCAUGUAUUCAAAAUGUGGAAGCCUGACUCUAGCUGAGAGGGUAUUUGAAAUGGCACUAAGCAAGGAGAUACCUCUGUAUAAUGCAAUGAUCUCUGGGUACGCUUUCCAUGGUCAAGCCACACAAGCUCUUGCACUCUUUACUGGUUUGCAAAAGGAAGGAAUGGAUCCAGAUGAGAUCACCUUCACGAAUGUCUUGUGUGCAUGUAGCCAUGCUGGGCUAGUGGAUGAAGGUUUGAAGUUUUUUUCCGAUAUGGUCUCAUUGUACCACAUGAGACCGAGUAUGGUGCACUAUGGUUGUGUGGUUAGUCUUCUUUCUCGCUUUGGUAAUUUGGAAGGAGCCCUUAGCUUUAUUUCUGCAAUGCCAUUUAAACCUGAUGCUCGCAUAUUAGGAUCUUUGCUUGCUGCAUGCCGAGAACACAAUGAGAUUGAACUAGCCGCUGGAAGGUGGAAAGAGGUCUCGGAAAUUCGGGAUGUAAUGAAAGAGAAGGGUCUGAGAAAGAAUCCUGGAUGCAGCUGGAUUCAAAUUGGAAGAGAAAUCCAUACAUUCGUUGCAGGUGAUAGAUUGCAGCCACAAACAGACAUGAUUUACGAUAUGUUGGCAUUAUUGGAAAUGGAAAUGAGAUUCUUGGGUUAUGCUCCUAUGGUCCAAAGCACUGAGCAAAGUAAUGUCUGGCAAGAAAUUGCUUGUUCUUAGGCGAGAAACAUCAACUGAGUAGUGUAAUCAAUGAGGAGAGAGCUUCUUGAUGCUAGCAUUUCAACAAUCUGAGUAGCCAUCAGAGCCAUUCAAUAUUGCGGCUGUAGCAACAACAGCAACACAUUAUUACCUUUCAACAUUUUGACUUACCAGUUGCUGAGGAGUUCAAGUGAUGCCAGGAUUUUCGCCAUGCUGUUGAAGUGGGGAGUUGCUAAUUAGGGCCCUGAUGCAUGCAUUGCAGGUGGGUUUCAUGAUUUUGUCAUCCAGACCAUUGAUCUGACAGGCCCCACUAUAUAUGGGGGGAUUCCCCCCCAAACCAACAAAAUAAAUAAAUAAAUAAAGACAGGGAAUUGCUAAUCUUUGGGCUCUUUUCCAGUGCAGUGCUGUGUUUUCUUAACCAAUUUUGGAGGUAUCCACCAUCCAAUGGGGCCUAUCAGAUCUACAGUAUGGAUCAUUAAGCCAAGCUCAUUUUUACAGUAUGGGGGAACUAUUCUGCAUCUCUUGAUGCAUCACCAUUCGAGAUUCCUCACCAGAGGUAUGUGACUCCAAUGGCCUGCAGGGUGGAGUACUUAGAGCCCCAUGAAGUGUGUGGAUAAACACCAUCAAAAAAUAUGUACAGUGUGAAUUGUUGCUGCAAUAAGCUGGAAGCCCAAGAUUAGCGCUGCGUAUGCUUGAAGAAGGUGAAUUGAAUCCGACAAACCCAGCUGAAAAUCUAAACGCACCUUUCAUUAGCAUCCAACUGUCCUGACAUUCAUUCCAAUACCAGAACAUCCACUGUAAGUACGUUUGACUGAUGCAAGUUUAUAAUGCUUUGUGAAUUAAUGAUUUAUAUUAUGCACUAGGCAUCCUUUAUAACUAGGAAUUAUUUCUAUGUUUAUGAAAUCAGUGAUAUUGAUCAAACCUUCUACAGGUAUAUGACCCUUCAAUUUUCCAAUAAAAUCAUGUGUCUCACAAGUGGCUAUUUCA